UAUUUAUCGUUUACCUGAAAUUCAAAUUUAACUAGAUGUUUUGUAUUUUACCCGGAAACCCCCAAUUCAGCCCUCCCAAUUCCCUCACUCAGUUUUCUUCCCAACCCUAAGGACCCCAACAGUCUUUAUCGCUGCUUCCCUAACCUGGUGGGAGCUGACUGGGCUAGCAGUGGGCCCAGAUACACAGGGCAGGAGAGCAGAGAAGGCUUGUCAGAGCCUGGAACCCCCUUCCCAGAAUGCUGGGAUCCCUGAGGCAGGUCUGGCUCCCGGGCUCCAAGUGUCUGCCUGGGUUUGCCAGAUUCCCUGUUGAGUGGGCCCUCAGAGCCUGGUUUUAAUCCUGCCCCCUCUGCGCUUAGGUGGGCUGGCCCUCUCCCGCGCAGGAGGAAAAGGGGAACCCGCCAGAGCCCUCCCGAAAAGAGGAAGGUACAGCUUGCGGGGUGGUUUGAGUGGGGAGUGGGGAGGUGGCUUGGCCAGGGGCUGAAAAUGAGGAACGCUGGCCAGGGAGGACCUACCUGGAGGUCACUGCCUCUGCUGGCACCAGUGGAAACAGGAUCCAGAACAGGUGGGGGGUUUCCAGCCUGGGCUCACCCCGUUUCCUGAGAAGGAAGGUGUGAAGGGGAGGACAGGGCCCGGGCUGCUCCAGAAGCCCCACGGGGCAGACUCUGCGCUCCCCUAGGGUGACAACCCAAGCUGGAUUUCCCGGGCUGCCCCGCCUCGCACAGGGAGGUCUGGGGGCGCGGUUACCUGGCACAAGCCUGGGCAGGGAACUGCCACCCCCAGACUUCUUCAGGAGGCUCUCUUGUCUUUGCAAACUGUCACACAGCCUGGUCACCAGAGCUGCUUCUUCGGGUUGCUGCCCCCCCUCCCCACCAAUGUGGGUACCUCACGACGUGGGAAAGGGAGCCACAGCCACCUUAGUUCAGGGCCACGGGAAGCCCCGCGUCAUUUGUCUCACUGAGACCCCUCUACCCGCCCCCCCCCCCCCCCCCCCCCCGGUCCUCCGCUCCUGACUAGGACGAGGUUAAGGCUGUCCAUCUCCAGUCUGUCUGUCCGCUUUCGGUUAAGGAGGGCGGUGGAUGCUGCUCCAGGUGUGAGGGAAGGCCCGUGAACUCGGCCUGGAGAGGGUGCAGGCCGAGGAAGGUCUGGGGAGGAUGUGGUCGCUGCAGGGUUGCAGGGUCCGAAGCCUGAGGUCCUGGGGGCGGGGCAGAACUCGAGACCCACCCCUCACCCCCUGCGCGCCCCUGCCCUGGAACCCUUUGUGCACCCAUCACAGGGUGUCGCCUCUUUCCCCAGCGACAAUGACUCAUAAAGCUGGUCCGCGCCGCCGCCUCCUCUCUCCCUGAAAGGCCCAGGUCAUAAAGGCCAUUGGGGCCAAGCCCUGAGGAGGCACGUCCCAACACAGCCCCGCGCUGCGCUGGCCCCUGCAGCUGCCCGCCGGGCCGGGCCUGGGCCUCCCGCCGCGACCCGGACCUGGCGACCGGGCGUUACGGCUCACGCCGAGCGCCCGGUAGCCUCGACGCCCAUGUGUGUCGUCUGCUUCGUGAAGGCCCUGGUGCACGUGUUCAAGAUCUACCUGACCGCCAACUACACCUACAACUUCCGCAGCUGGCCGGUGGACUUCCGCUGGGAUGACGUGCGCGCCGCCGGCGGGGGUGGCGGCGGUCCCCGCGCGCUGACGUGCGCCGCGGCCGUGGCGGGCGUGUGGCUGCUGCGGGGCGCGGCGCUGGGCGGGGACGCGCCCGGCCGGCCGCCGCGCGGGGCGCGCAGUCAGGCGCAGUGCCUCCUGCGGCAGAUCCGCGAGCUGCCGGGCCAGCUGGCCAGCUACACGCUGGCCCACUCGCUGGGCCGCUGGCUCGUGUACCCCGGCUCCAUGUUCCUGAUGACUCGCGCGCUCCUGCCGCUGCUGCAACAGGGCCAAGAGCGCCUCGUGGAGCGCUACCGCGGUCGGCGCGCCAAGCUGGUGGCCCGCGACGGCAACGAGAUCGACACCAUGUUCAUGGAUCGCCGCCAGCACCCGGGCAGCCACGGCCGCGGCCUGCGCCUCGUCAUCUGCUGCGAAGGCAACGCCGGCUUCUAUGAGAUGGGCUGCCUGUCGGCGCCACUGGAGGCCGGCUACUCGGUGCUGGGCUGGAACCACCCGGGCUUCGGGGGCAGCACCGGCGCGCCGUUCCCUCAGCAUGACGCCAACGCCGUGGACGUGGUGGUGAAGUACGCGCUGCACCGCCUGCACUUCCCGCCCGCGCACGUGGUGGUCUACGGCUGGUCCAUUGGUGGCUUCACGGCCACCUGGGCCACCAUGGCCUACCCGGAGCUGGGCGCGCUGGUGCUCGACGCCACCUUCGACGACCUCGUGCCGCUGGCCCUGAAGGUCAUGCCCCGCAGCUGGAAGGGGCUGGUGGUGCGCACCGUGCGCGAGCACUUCAACCUCAACGUGGCGGAGCAGCUGUGCUGCUACCCCGGUCCGGUCCUGCUGCUGCGGCGCACGCUGGACGACGUGGUGAGCACCUCGGGCCACGUGCGCCCCCUGCCGUCCGGCGACGUGGAGGGCAACCGCGGCAACGAGUUGCUGCUGCGUCUUCUGCAGCACCGCUACCCAGUCGUGAUGGCGCGCGAAGGCCUCGCGGUCGUGACGCGCUGGCUGCGCGCCGGCAGCCUGGCACAGGAGGCCACCUUCUACGCGCGCUACCGCGUGGAUGAUGAGUGGUGCCGAGCACUGCUGCGCUCCUACCGCGCGCGCCGUGAGGACGAGCCGGAGGACGAGCAGAAGGACUGGGGGCCUCACGGGCUCGCCUUCCCCUGGCUCGUGGGCCAGGACCUGAGCCCGCGGCGGCGCCGGCAGCUCGCGCUGUUCCUGGCACGUAGACACCUCAAGAACGUGGAGGCCACUCACUUCAGUCCGCUGGAACCGGAGGACUUCCAGUUGCCCUGGAGGCUGUAGUCUUCACCCCUCCCACACGGGAAACCAGUAAAGCUGGCCCUGCCUUGGGGAUCCCGACCUGGUGUCUGGGGGAGGGUGAGAUGGAACACAGGGAACUGGUGCUCUCCUUCACCGGGGUGAUUCCCCCCUUCCCUCCUUUAGCUUCUCCCUCAAACACUUGUGGACGUCCCAUUCUGCUCCCAGCUUCUAAAGGGAAUGUAGAGAUUAACCUGA